AUGAGAUCUAACACACGACAAGAUUCUGCUCUCCAAUUGUCAACAACAUCUCAUUCAACUAUAAUGAAUACCGCUAGGGAUAAUACCUCUUCACCUAAAACCAAGAAUCAUCCGGAUGAGAAUAGAACCCGCCAAACUGGGCCUUGGUCAAAAGAAGAAGAUGAUCUUUUAUUAGCGUUGAUUAAAACACUGGGUAACAAAAGUUGGAAAGCAAUUGGUGAAGAGCACGGUCGGCGCGAUGGAAAGCAAUGUCGAGAGAGAUGGGUUAAUCAUUUGGACCAUGAUUUAAAUCUCGAACCGUUCACCGAAAAAGAGGAUCAACACAUAUUACAAUUCUACCAAAAACAUGGAUCAAAAUGGGCAUUAAUUUUCCACAGAUCCGAAGCUAAAAUGUCAGUCGAGGCAGUACUGAAUCAUCCUUAA